AUGUCCGAGCCCGCCUCGGAGCCCCUGGACUUCAAUGCCUUUCAAAAAGCUCUCAAGACCCUCGAUGAGGAAUUAGGAAAAUUUGAAUUUAUCGUUGCCUUCGCUCCUAUCAAGCUGAUAACCGCCGGCGGGUUUCUGGCCGUCAACUACCUCAAAAAUCGAGAUACAACGAAGGAUAUGAACUAUCUUCUUGACCCGGAAUGGGCGACGGACGAGGACAUAAAGAAGCCCCUGGAACAAGCGAUCCUGAGGGUAUCGAAAAGACUUCAGAUCAGCGAGCAGUGGGCGACCGAGGACAUGUCACUCUACGUAACCAAGGAGACAAGGAUACAUUUGUUCAGAAAGGCUCAGAAGCAGAACAUUAUUCUGUUUAGGGGUGAUCAUCUCAUAAUCCUCGCUGCACCAAUAAAGUGGGCUCUGAAGCGCAAGAUACGGUGGAUGUUUGCACCGGGCCGCAAUCGCAUGGUCGAGGUAGACAUGGGCGAUCUUCUUGCAAUGUUGAAGUGGAUUCGAGAUCGAAAAGGCGGCUUGUUGAACCGAGAGCACCUCCGUACACAAAGCGUCAACUCAUUCGACGUUGUCCCUGAUGCAGCGGGGAUGGAGCAGAUUGCCGCUGCCUACCGGGAGAGAUAUAGAGAGGAGAUUUUUGCCUGA